GUUAUCACAGCGCCACAGACUACGGCUAGUAUUCUGUGACAGCGUAAUACAAAAUUUGGAGAAAAUUUGUUUGUUUUUGUGAUUUUUAAAAGACUGAGUGAAAUGACUGUAGAGUGGUCGAUUGAGGACAAACGAAAGUUCUUGGUUUUAUUAAAAAAAUAUGGCGCCAGCGACCUUGAAACUCUUCAUCUUAAUAUGCCCAACAAGAGCAUAGGAGAAAUAAGGUAUAUGAUCGAUAAAUACAAAAAAAUGGCCCAAGAAAGAUGGUCUCCUACGAGUGGGACAAAUGAAACUGUAAGCUGGAUUGAAAUCAUAAAAAGAGUGAAUCUAUCGCAGCAACAUCCGGUCCAAAAUAUUUUAUCCAGAGUUUUCAAGUAUAUAGCGCUCUAUGAAAAAAAAGCAGAAGAAAGUGACAUAUGUUUGAGAGAUUGUUAUAUGUUUUUGUCCGAUGUUUGUAAUGAUAAGUCACCCAAGGAACUAUCUGAAAGAGAUGGCUAUUUAUUAAAACAAUGCUUAGAGGAUAUGUCAACAAAUCUUCAAGGAGAAUAUUUGUACCAAACUAAAAAAUAUUUUGAAAGUAUCAAUAAUUUUGAAUCAUUAACUUCUAAGAGGGAAGGAUCAUUACUAAAUCCCCUGAAUAUUCCUGAAACUUUGCUACAACCCAACAAUCAGGAUAUCAAGGCUGAAUUAUGAAAAACCACGGUUUUUGGGAACAGCUGUUUAUUUUGAGGAAUGUUACAGAUCAUUUUAAAU